AUGGGUACUGGUAUUCCAAACAAGAGACAAAAAUUGGCCAAGUGGAACGGAUGGGGAUACAAGGAUACCGAUUUUACUAUGGAUGAAAAGAAGGACGUUUAUGUUACUGGUGAUCGUUAUGUUUUAUCUGGUAAAUGUAUUCCUGAUUUCCGUCCAUGGUUUGAAAACUUUACUGGUUUGGACACUAGAUAUGCUUCUCCUGCUCAAUCUUGGCCUGAGAUGCAACAAAAGAUCCACAAGCCAGUAAUUUGUAAAUCAUUCGUUGAUGAACUUAAACAAGCUAAUUGCUUCAAGUAUUUGUCUUUUGAUGAUGAAGUCCGUUUGAUGCACUCCCAUGGUCACUGUUGUCAAGAAAUUUAUCAACUCAGAUACGGAAAAUUCAAGAGACUUGUUGACGUUGUCAUCUAUCCAGAUUCACACGAUCAUGUUGAAAAGAUUGUUUCUAUUGCUACUAAAUAUCCUGAACAAUUAACAAUUAUUCCAUAUGGUGGUGGUACUAACGUCACUCAAGCUUUGCUCUGUCCAGAAAAUGAAAAGAGAAUGAUUGUUUCUAUUGAUACUCAAGAAAUGGAUCGUAUUUUGAGUGUUGAUUUUGAAUCCAAUACUGCUGUUAUUGAAGCUGGUGCUAUUGGUACUCAAGAAGAAGUUGAUAGACAACAAAAGAUUAUUUAUGAUAUUACUUCCAAGUAUGGUGGUCUUAAGGCUGGUGCUGAAGCUGGUUCUAGAGGAUAUUUGCUUACCUAUGUUAUUGCUUAUUUGAGAGAUUAUGGUUUCAAUUAUUACUUUAUGGCCGAAAGCUUUGAAACCUCUGUUCCAUGGUCUAACAUUGUUCCAAUGAUUAAGAAGGUUGAAGAAAGAGUUAAGGAAUCUGCCAAGAAGAAGGGUGUUCCAUCAGUUCCUUGGGUUUCUGCUCGUGUUACUCAAACUUAUGAAACUGGUGCUUGUGUCUACUUCUAUUAUGGUUUCAUCUUUAGAGGAUUGAGUGAUCCAAUUAAGGUCUUCUCUGAAAUUGAAUCUGAAGCCAGAGAUGAAAUCUUGCUCCAAGGAGGAAGUUUGUCUCACCACCACGGUAUUGGUAAGCUCAGAAGAGAAUGGAUGAAUGAAGUUGUCAGAGAUCAAGGUGUUGACAUCUUGAAGGGUCUCAAGCAAAAGAUUGACCCACACAAUUUGUUUGGUAACGGUAACAUGGGUUUGACUCAAGCUGAUCUCAGUAUCUCUGCUAACAUUGAGUAA